AUGACAGGCACACCAACAAUUCUAAAGCCUUCAUUCAAUCGUCACCCGGAAAGCCACCGCUUUUAUGCCAAAUUAUCUCUAAUUUAUUGUUCUUUUCUUUUAUCUUUGAUUUAUUUCUUUUUCUUCUUUCUUUCGAUCAUUCGUUCGUUAUUUAAUUCGUCCUUUCUUUCUUUCUUUCGUUUGUUUCUUUCGUUUUUUCUUUCGUUCUUUCCUCCCUUUUUCUUUCUUUCGUUCGUUUUUUCUUUCUUCCGUUCUUUUUGUCUUUAUUUCUUUCGUUUUUUUCUUUCUUUCUUUCUUUCUUUCUUUAUUUCUUUAUUUCUUUAUUUAUUUCUGUUUUCUUUCUUCGUUUCGUUCUUUCUUUCGAUCUUUCUUUCUUUAGUUAUUUUUCAUUUUUUCAUUAUUUAUUUCGUUCUUUCUUUUGUUCUUUAUUUAUUUAUUUCGUUCUUUCUCUAUUCCCUUCUUUCGUUCGGUCUUUUUUCUUUCUUUCUUUCUUUAUUUCUUUCUUUCUUUCUUUCUUUCUUUUUUCAAUCUAUCCAUACGCUUCAACCAACUUGCCUCUUUCUUUAUUUCUUUCUACUUUUUUCUUCAUUUCUUGAAGUACGAAAUAGCGUACCAAAUUGUUAA